UGCCUCCCGCGGGGCCCGGCCGUGCCGGCGGGACCGGGGCCGCGUCGCUGCUCCAUGUCGGUCCCGUCCUGCGGGAAAUAUGAUCAGCGCCCCUGACGUGGUGGCCUUCACCAGGGAGGAGGAGCUGGAGGAUGAUCUGUACCGCGAGCCGCCCCUGCCCGAGGAGUACUCGGUGCCGCUGUUCCCCUUCUCCGGCCAGGGCGCCAACCCCUGGGCCAAGGUCGCCGGCUCCAAGUUCACCCGGGACUUCAUCCUCAUCUCCGAGUUCUCGGAGCAAGUGGGGCCCCAGCCCCUCCUGACCAUCCCCGAUGACGCCAAAGUGUCGGGCACCUUCGAUCUCAAUUAUUUUUCCCUGCGGAUCAUGUCUGUGGAUUACCAGGCAUCCUUCGUGGGGCACCCUCCCGGCUCUGCCUACCCGAAGCUGAACUUCGUGGAGGAUUCCAAGGUGGUGCUGGGGGACUCCAAGGAAGGGGCCUUUGCCUACGUGCACCACUUGACCCUGUAUGACCUGGAAGCCAGGGGCUUUGUGAGGCCCUUCUGCAUGGCCUAUAUUUCUGCUGAUGAGCACAAAAUCAUGCAGCAGUUUCAGGAACUCUCCACCGAGUUCUCCAAAGCCUCCGAAUGCCUGAAGACGGGGAACCGGAAAGCUUUUGCCAACGAACUGGAAAAGAAACUAAAAGACCUUGACUACACCAGGACCGUCCUGCACAACGAGACUGAGCAACAGAAGAAAGCCAACGACAAGGGGUAUUACACGACCCAGGCCAUUGAGAAGGCCAAUGAGCUGGCCAGUGUGGAAAAGUCAAUCAUCGAGCACCAAGACCUGCUGAGGCAAAUCCGGUCGUAUCCCUACAGGAAACUGAAGGACUCUGAAUUCCACCCCUACGAGCCAGACUGUGCCCUGGACCGGGCUGACGUGGGCAGCGAUCAGAACCCCACUGCCUCUGACCCCACUGAACUCGGAGAAACUCACCUUUACACCCACGUGCCAUCCUACACCCCCAAACUCAUCAAAGCCAAGUCUGCCAAGUGCUUUGACAAGAAGCUGAAGACACUGGAAGAACUCUGUGAUGUUUAUUUUUUCACCCAGACACUUGACCAGUUGCACCAUAUCGAGAGGACUUUUCGGGGGGAUGUUUGUUACCUCCUGACAGAGCAGAUCAGCCGGGCUCUCCUAAAGCAACAGAGUGUCACCAACUUCCUCUUUGAGGAUGUGUCUGUCCUAGAUGAAAAACCUCCUGAAAAACAGUACAGAGGUUGCCAGGGGCUCGGCCAAGAUGCCAUAGAUGAAAAGUGUUCAGAAGAGUCCCUUGCUCCCAAAGUGGUCAUCAGCCUGGGCUCCUACAAGUCCAGUGUGGAGUGUGUGCCCAUCAAGAUGGAGCAGGAAACGGAAGACUCUGAAGAGCCCAAAAUGUCUGAGUCUGUGAUAUCUGAGCACCAGGAGAACCUGGACUAUCUGGAUGCAGAUAUCAAAGGCAGCAUCAGUAGCGGGGAGAGCAUCGAGGUGCUGGGGACGGAGAAGUCGGGAUCUGGGCUGACAAAAUCAGAGAGCCAGGCCAGCCUGCCCGUCAUUCCCAGCCCCCAGGCGGGCCGCAGCAAGGUGGGCAGCCGGCGCACGGUCAGCGAGGACAGCAUCGAGGUGCUCAGCACGUGUCCCUCCGAGUCCCUCAUCCCGGAGGACUUCAAAGCGAGCUACCCAAGUGCCAUUAACGAGGAGCCCUACGCCGAUGAUGAUGAGGGAGGCCUUCGCUUCACCCCCAGAGCGAACCCGGGCGUGGAUGAUGGGCAGGACGACAUCUCAAAGGAAGAAAGCUUAGUGCAGGUGGAUGCUGCGUGCUGUAUCGGGAAGGAGAGUCCCAACUUCCUGGAGGCCCUGCCCGAGCUGGGGCAGAAGCCGUGCGAGGAGGACGGCGUGGUGCGGAUCCCCCCGCAGCCGUACCGGCCGGCCGAGCAGGGGCUGCGCGGGGGCUUCCCCUCCCACCACGGCCUCCCAGGGGGGCUCCUGCCCUGCGAGCUCGACUCGCGCUACCUGACGGGCAGCAGGGAGGUGAGUAAGAGCAGCCUGGACGAGUGCUCGGACUCCACCAGCCACAUCAGCAGCGCCGCCUCCACGUGCUCCGACAGGACCCCGUCCCCAGCCCACCCGGCCUGCGCGGCCGGGGAGAGGCACAGGAAGAGAGCCGGGCAGAACGCGCUGCGCUUCAUCCGCCAGUACCCCUUUGCCCACCCCGCCAUCUACUCCCUGCUCAGCGGGAGGACCCUGGUCGUGCUGGGGGAGGACGAGGCCAUGGUCAAGAGGCUGGUGACGGCGCUCUCCAUCUUCGUGCCCAACUGCGGCGCAUACGCCAAGCCCGUGAAGCACUGGGUCACCUCCGCUCUGCACUUGGUGGAUUUCCAGAAGUGGAAGUUGAUUGGACUCCAGAGGGCAGUGUCCCCUGCCGGGGUGAACGUGCUGCACGCCCUGAGCCGGUACAGCCGCUACCUGAGCAUCCUGGACGCCGACAGCAAGACCCUGCGCUGCCCCCUCUACAAGGGCACCGUGGUGGCCCGGCUGGCCGACCACCGCACGCAGAUCAAGCGUGGCAGCACCUACUACAUGCACGUCCAAAGCAUCCUCACCCAGCUGUGUUCUAAAGCCUUCCUCUUCACCUUCUGCCAUCAUUUGCACCUUCCCAUCAGCGAAAGGGAACCGGAGGAAUCCGUUGUGAAUCGCAGGAUGAACUUCCUAAAGCAUCAACUGGGCCUUGCAAAUGAAGAUAUCAAAAUCGUGCAGUACUUGGCCGAGCUGCUGAAGCUGCACUACAUUCAGGAACCGGGGCAAGGGGGGAACCCCCUGCUCAGAUUUGACUAUGUUCCCAGCUUUUUGUACAAAAUCUAGCCUUGCACAGGCCGUGUGCCCACGUGCUCAGAGUCUGACAGAGCUCAUCCGUGCUUGACAUUGCCGCUGUCUGCAGUAGCUCUCACACAUCGGGAAGGGGCCAAGGUGUUUGUGUCUCUGCCCCACAGAAAUCCAGGUCUGCAGGAGUGGAUUUCUGGCUGUUCCCUGUAGCCAAAAGUGUAGAUGUUCCAUCACAUAAACCAUCGGGCACUCUGUAAAUGUCAGAAGGGACACUGUUAAAGUGGAUCACGGCAGCAUCCCGGGGGGUUAUGGCAUGAGGGGUGGUGGGUGAUCUCGGGGAUCAAUACUGACUAGUGUGCAGCCCCCCAUCUAGCACAGUGUCCUGAACACUUCUGCCAGAACCCUGAGCACUGUCAGUCCCUUCCAAGGAGCCAGGGCUGUGAUCAGAGGUGUGAAGGCCAUGUGAAGUUUUAUAUCCACUGAUGUGACUGUCAUGGGGGCGUAGCUCAGAGCCCCCUGGCAGGGAAGCAGCUCGCAGGUCUGUGCACAGCUACAAUGGAUGGUGUCCCUGCACUGAGUUUCUGGGCACUUCCCAGGAUAGGUCAUCCCUGAGUGAGUGGGAGCACAGUGGAGGCACACAUGCUUCUCUCCAGAAAGGGUUUCCCAGUAUCUCCCAGCUUUGUGAAAAUCAGGAAUGUUGGAAGCACUCCCUAAGGCUGGUGAGCCCCGAGGCACCGGCCGCUGCGAAUGUAGAGCACUGUGCCUUGUUCAUUUGUCACAUCCCAUUUGCUGGGCAGCCUCCGAGCAGGCUGCAGGGAGACUGGGAAUCCUCAACUGUGAGGUCAGAGCUGGCUUUUUAAAGGCAGAAGGGAACUGAAGGAGGGUGAGGGCCCUCUUUUUAGGUG